AUGACGGUCGCUCCAGGGGCUUUUAUGAACGACCCUGUCGUUGGGGAUCGUAUCGGGCACAUGGAAGCCAGGGGCUUCCCCUACUUCACUAAGUUCGGCUUGGAACUUUGCAAACAGUUUGCUCUGGACACAAUUUCGCUAUCAGAGAUCGGCCUGAAGCCCACUGAGAUGGAAUUUGUGGAAGGUGAGACAGUAGCCAACGGAGCAGCCGCUGGCAUGCCCGCGUUGGCGACUCCUUCAACCUUAGCUGGGCUGGGCCUGGGGAAGAAAGCUGCCUUGAAUACGUACCACCUCCUGGGCCCAGCCGGAAGUCAUCCGCACAAACCCCUCCCCCAUUGGCUACGAUGUUUCAAUCAACGCGCAGAACACAAGCCCAUAAACACAAACAACCCAAAGAUAUCCUCCGUAGCCCUGACCAGGGCACCCAGAAACAGUUCUACCAGUCAGGUAGUCCCUCCGCCCGCGCGCGGCAGUUCUCCCACGCGGUCCCGAAGCUACCGAACCAGUACCACCCAGUCCGACACAAUCUUCUCUCGAAUUGAACCAAGCAAGGCAGAGGCGGCGGCGGCGGCCCUCUUCGUUCCACUCGUGGAAUCCCUCCCGAGGCGAACAUAG